AUGCCAGCUGUGAACAUCACCACCACCGGCUGCGUCUCCGCCCCCCUUCCAGCUUGUGUCGUUGCCAGUGCCUUUUCAUUUGGCCGACCGAGAUGGGAUCAUGAUGUAGUUACCAAGGCCGCCCCCCCCCCCCCUUCCCCCGAUCUGCUCUACUGCCCUACGGUGGUAUAUGAGCUCCCUCUCUCCCCGGAAUCCUCCCUCUUGCCUAUUUUCUUUUUCCCUUCUCUCGUCACGCAAAAUAACAUCACGCCCAUUGAUCGUGCCGAUUUUUUUGACGUCGUCCUAAAAGUAACACCACUACCAAACGACACCAAACAACAACAAACCGCCACAAUGGGUAUCCUCCUCGCUGUUCACCACAUUGGCACGCUGCUGCUCCUCGUCACGGCCAUUCUCCUCCUCGUCGCCUCCAUCUCCUCGCCCGUCGUCAACAGCCUGUCGCUUCUCAACGUCAAGUUCCACGGCGGCCUCGACACCGACCGCGUGACCUUUGGUUCCUUUGGUUACUGCCAGAUGUACGAUGGCUCGUCCGACUACUGCCACCGCCACCUCGGCUACAACCCGCUGGCCCUAGUCCGCGGCAUCGACAGCCAGGUCGACAAUGGCUCCGUCGGCCGCAACACGGCCUCUGGCCUGACCCGCGUCAUGGUCCUGCACCCCGUCGGCGCCGUCCUCUCCUUUGUCGCCUUCCUCCUCGCCGUCAUCGGUACCCACGUCAUCUCCUCCUUCACCGCCUCGCUGCUGUCGGGCCUGACCUUCAUCGUCACCGUCGUCGCCCUCGCCUGCGACUUCACCGCGCUCAGCAUCGUCCACCACCGUGUCAACGAGGUCCGCGGCAACCACGCCACCUACGGUGGCGCCCUCUGGUGUGUCGUCGCCGCCCUCGUCACCUCCUUCUUCGCCACCGUCAUCGUCUUCCUCAGCUGCUGCGCCAGCAAGCGCAGCAAGAACAAGCCUGACACCGUCCACAAGCAGGAGGCUGGCUUUGCCGACUCGACGGUUCCCAAGCGCAAGUUCUGGCAGCGCCGCUAA